UGGUUAGUGUGUCUCGUUUGUCUCCUUUCGGCCUACAACAUGCCACAAUCGCUCCCCACUCAUUCCGCUUAUCGGGCAGCCAGCUGUAUUUUUAUAAAGUAGGCGCUUUCAAUCCUCUCCGGCGCGUCUCGGUCACGAGCGUCGUGUUAGUCAGCUGUUCGACAUGGCGACCGACGAUAUUUUACCGACUCUGUACCAAUAUUACACGGCGGACGGCAUCGAGAGCGGUCUGAACGAUUCCCAGACCCAAUUCGUGUUAAACGGCAAAAAAGUCUCGAUAUUUAGCGGUGCGCUGCACUACUUUCGCGUUCAUCCCGAGCACUGGAGGGACCGUUUAAGAAAGUACCGCGCCGCAGGGUUGAAUUGUGUCGAGACGUACGUGCCGUGGAACUUGCACGAGCCCGAAGACGGCAAGUUCGAGUUCGGCCAAAACCUCGACGGCGAAUUAAGCGCGUUCGCCGACUUAGUAGGGUUCCUGAAGCUGGCUCAGGACGAAGAUUUGUUGGUGAUACUUAGACCAGGACCCUACAUUUGUGCCGAAUGGGAGUUCGGAGGACUGCCCAGCUGGCUUCUGCGAGUUAAAGAUCUAAAAAUACGAACGUCGGACUCGAAGUACAUGCACUACGUGAAUAGAUAUUUUAUAAGGCUACUGGCCGAGGUGGUACCAUUACAAUUCACACAAGGGGGGCCCAUCAUCGCGUUCCAAAUAGAAAACGAGUAUGGUAAUGUCAAAGAGCCGGGAAAACCCAUCGACAAGGCCUACCUCGAGGCGUUAAAGAAAACGCUCCAAGACAACGGCGUCGUCGAACUUUUGUUCACGUCCGACACACCCAGCAAUGGUUUCGAAGGAACAAUACCUGAAGUCUUAGCCACCGCCAAUUUCCAAGAGGACGCCUCCGCCGAGCUAGCACUUCUGAAAGCCCACCAACCAAACCGCCCGCUGAUGGUCACCGAGUACUGGACCGGAUGGUUCGACCAUUACACCGAAAUCCACCACGAGCGUAGCGCCCAAAAGUUCGGCAGCGUGCUCGAAGAGAUUCUGAGCUUGAACUCAUCCUUUAACUUAUACAUGAUGCACGGCGGUACGAACUGGGGAUUCAUGAACGGAGGAAAUAUAUUGGGAGGAGGAGAUCGAAACGCAGGUUUCCAGCCGGACACCACUAGCUACGACUACGACGCUCCCAUAUCCGAGAACGGCGACUACACGGAGAAAUAUCUGACGUUGCAAACGCUGACGCAAAGAUACAACGAGCUUUAUUUGAGGCAGCCCGCGCCGCCCGAUCUGGUCGAUAGGGUGGCCUACCCAGAGGUGCAAAUAACAGGGGAACUAUCCCUCGACGAACUAAUAGCACAAAACGUGUAUCAGAUCGAAAACCACAGGCCUCUACCGAUGGAACUGCUGGAUAUCAACAACGGCAGUGGACAGAGCUACGGGUACGUCGUUUACAGGAAAAAGGGAAUAGACAUCAGCGCAGGUUCGACUCUCACGAUUGAGGGUCAUGUGUGCGACACCGUGAUGGUGCUCAUUAAUGGAAAGCUGGUUUCCAAAGUGUACGAGUCCGUGGAAGACCUCGACGGUUUCGGAUUCUGGCGCAAGAAAGACUCGAGCCUCGGAUUGGGAAGCAUCGCUUAUAAAAACGCCACAUUGGACUUGGUAGUCGAAAAUUUUGGCCGCGUCAACUACGGCAAACUCUAUCAGUUCAAUCAGCACAAAGGGCUCUGGCAAGGCGACGUCCUAAUCAACCAGCAGCCCCUCAGCUCCUGGCAAAUCAUCCCGUUGGAGUUUAAAAAGAAAUGGACCGGAUCGUUACGUGGUUGGAGGAGUCCUACGUUCGCGAAAGGGCCUGCGUUAUACAGAGGGGUGCUCGAGGUCGAGGAUCUAACGUCAAGGGAUACUUACAUUAAUCUUGCUGGCUGGAGCAAAGGGUUCGUUGCGGUAAACGGGUUCGUCUUGGCAAGGUACUUCGAAGUUGGGCCUCAGAGGACGGCGUACCUUCCUGGACCGCUCUUGCACAAGGGCGAAAACGAAAUUUUGUUUUUCGAGCACUUCACGCCGGCGAAAAGCAUUGCGUUCGAGACGGAUCCGGUAUUCGAGACUUCCGGAAACGGACGCGCGCUGAGGACACUUCCGGAGUGAUAAUAGACAUUUAUAUUUUUUGUAAACGAUAACUGCCUUGUAUAUCAUUCCCAAAUAAAUACUCCACUACUAGCCGAAAUGUCAGGCUAAAUUAUGACAUCCUUUUGUCUAUCAUUGUGACGCGGGUAAAUUCCAGAGAAAAAUGGCUGAAUCAGAUUUUCUAAAUGAGGUGCUAAGUUUUUCCAUAGCCCAAAGACCCACGAUAACGCCAUAUCUUGUCAGUCAGU